GCUUUCGCAUAAGACAUUGUCCAUUGUUCUCUCUCUCUCUCUGAUCAAUCCCUUACAUCCCUUCAGUCCAAUCACCGUAAUUAGAAAAGGAAAAGAGAGAGAUUACCUUUUAUAAUUAUGUAUUGUACUGUUUUUCCUCUCUUCUCAAUUAAUUUUUAAAGAAUUUCGUUACUGGUUUUUCAUCUGUGUCCGUGUCGACUUUGGCGUUUUGCUUCGGCCUUUGUGCGGUUGAUUCUAGCUUCUUUGGGCGUGCGUGAAUGAAUGUGGGUGAGCAAGUGAGUUUUGUGCUCUUUUUAUUCCGCUGUCUGCAAAAAGAAACAAGAUAAUGGGGGUGGUGGAAUCACUGGCAACUAGCAGACCAGAGCUAGAAGCCAAAGCUUGUAGAAGGUAGAAACCGGAGCCCCAAACUCAGAUCUCAAGGAUCUUAGAAUUUCAGGCUUCAAUUAGUUUGGUUCUUUCUCUAGAAAGUUUUGUUCAUUCAUCUUGGUUCGAUUCAAAUUCUCCAUUUUCCGAGCUGGUUUGGUGGUCAUUGCGUGAGGUUCUUGUUUUGGAAAUAGUGGACUUUGCUUUAUGGGAAUCUGAUUCCGAGAGUGGCUUUUUGUUCGGAUAAGGCAAUACAUACACUUGCUCUCUGGUUAGAAUGGCUUGUCCAAUUGCUAAUUAUGAACUGGUUGCGUGAAGGAACUAAGGAUAAGUGUUUCUGGACUGAGAAUAUAGAGUUAUGGAAACUACCGGUUCGGUUUUCUGGCUUCUGGCUUUGCUGCUUCUGGCGUUGAUGGAGAUUUCUUCUGCGGCGCUUUCUCCUUCUGGGAUAAAUUAUGAAGUUGUAGCUCUGAUGGCCAUAAAAAAUGAAUUACAUGAUCCCCACAGUGUCCUGGAGAGUUGGGAUAUUAAUUCUGUCGAUCCUUGUAGCUGGAGGAUGAUUACUUGUACUCCAGAUGGCUCCGUCUCUGCUUUAGGAUUGCCCAGUCAGAACUUGUCUGGUAAGCUAUCUCCUGGGAUUGGAAAUUUGACGAACUUGCAAUCUGUGUUGCUUCAGAACAAUGCCAUUUCUGGUUCAAUUCCCGCGGCUAUAGUAAAGCUGGAAAAGCUUCAGACGCUUGAUCUUUCCAAUAAUACAUUUAGUGGUGAGAUACCUAGUUCUCUGGGGAGCCUCAAGAACCUGCAUUAUCUGCGGUUGAAUAAUAACAGCCUCUCAGGAUCUUGCCCUCAGUCUCUUGGCAACAUUGCGGGUCUCACCCUUGUGGAUCUCUCUUAUAACAAUUUGAGUGGUUCGUUGCCAAGAAUAUCAGCAAGAACAUUCAAGAUUGUGGGAAACUCUUUGAUUUGUGGUCCAAAUGCUAAUAAUAACUGCUCUAAUGUUCUGCCGGAGCCACUUACCUUUUCCCCAGAUUCUUUAAGAGAGCAAUAUGACCCAGAGGUGCGCCUUGGCCAUUUGAGAAGGUAUUCAUUCAAAGAACUUCGAGCUGCAACAGAUCAUUUCAGUUCAAAGAACAUUCUUGGACGGGGUGGCUUUGGAAUAGUCUACAAAGGGCGCUUCAAUGAUGGCUCUGUUGUAGCAGUUAAAAGGUUGAAGGACUAUAAUGCUGGUGGUGGCGAAAUUCAAUUUCAGACAGAAGUUGAGACCAUAAGUUUGGCUGUCCACCGGAAUCUCUUGAGGCUUUGUGGGUUUUGCAGUACUGAAAACGAAAGGCUCCUUGUUUAUCCAUAUAUGCCUAAUGGCAGUGUAGCCUCUCGAUUAAAAGAUCAUAUUCAUGGUCGACCAGCCUUAGACUGGGUGAGGAGGAAGAAAAUAGCUUUGGGUACAGCGAGAGGAUUGGUUUACUUGCAUGAGCAAUGCGACCCUAAAAUCAUUCACCGUGAUGUGAAAGCAGCCAACAUUUUGUUGGAUGAAGACUUUGAAGCAGUUGUCGGUGAUUUUGGUUUGGCAAAGCUUCUGGAUCACAGAGACUCCCAUGUAACUACAGCUGUGCGUGGGACCGUCGGUCACAUUGCUCCAGAAUAUUUAUCGACAGGCCAGUCUUCAGAAAAGACUGAUGUGUUCGGUUUUGGGAUCUUACUGCUCGAGCUGAUCACAGGUCACAAGGCUUUGGAUUUUGGACGAGCAGCAAACCAGAAAGGUGUAAUGCUUGAUUGGGUUAAGAAGCUCCACCAAGAAGGAAGAUUAAGUCAAAUGGUUGACAAAGAUCUGAAGGGGAACUUCGAUGCAGUUGAACUGGAAGAAAUGGUUCAGGUGGCACUGUUAUGUACACAAUUUAAUCCUUUGCACAGACCUAAGAUGUCAGAAGUUUUGAAGAUGUUGGAGGGAGAUGGCUUAGCUGAGAGGUGGGAGGAAGCUUCGCAGAAGUCAGAGACAAGGUUCAGGUCUUUCGAAAACCCUCCUCAAAGGUACUCAGAUUUUAUAGAAGAAUCUUCACUCAUACUUGAAGCUAUGGAGCUUUCUGGCCCUCGGUGAGAAUAACCAUCUUGGUUUUUCACUGUUAAGAAAAUGGUGUCACACGUCAUUUUCCUGGGGUAUAUGCUCGAAUCCAUGUGUAAAAAGAAAAGGGGAAAAUCAGAUCAUGUAUAAUUAUUUUUCUUCUUUGUUUGGGGGGUCCCAUGCGGUUGGAUCGACAAAUUUUUCCAGUCAGUGUCUGAAGAAUUGUACAUAGCUGCUCAUGGCUCCUUUUUGUUGUCUUGGCGCCUAAGCAAUCUCGUAUACCCGAUAGUUUGUGAACAUAAAACUUAUUAGUUUGACCAGAUGAAGAGUGUUAAAUUUUGAGUCUAGUGGAUGAAGUUUAUGAUUGACAAUAGAUAAUUAGUUACUAUUAUUAA